UGGUUUUCCUUGCAAAUGGAUGUUGCAGAGUAUUGAAUAAAAGGGUUCAAUGUGUAUUGGAGAAAAACUUCUUUCAUGAUGUGAUGUUCUCUCCACUUUACUUUGUUUAACUUAUAAUUAAUCACUCCUCCUGCAGCAUGUCUGUGACCCAGGCUAUGGAAUGGCUGAUUGAGCACAUAGAUGACCCCAUGAUUGACGGGCCUCUGCCAGGACAGGACACCCCAGGGGCGACUGCCGCAGCUGAAGCUCCAGGUCUUUCUACUACAACUUUAAGAGCCCAAGCCUGUCUCCCUUACCAGUCCAGCACAGAGGGGGCCAGACAUGAUGAGUUGACAGAGAUCUUCCAAAGAAUUAGAAGAAAAAGAGAAUUCAGACCUGACUCGAGGGCAGUUAUUGCGCUGAUGGAGAUGGGCUUUGAUGAAAAGGAGGUUAUUGAUGCCCUCCGUGUCAAUAACAAUCAACAGGAUGCAGCUUGUGAAUGGUUGCUAGGUGAAAGGAAGCCCACCCCUGAAGAUCUGGACAAGGGCAUUGAUACCAACAGUCCUCUAUUUCAGGCCAUCCUGGAGAACCCUGUGGUACAGCUUGGUCUCACAAAUCCCAAGACUCUGCUAGCAUUUGAGGACAUGCUGGAGAACCCACUAAACAGCACACAGUGGAUGAAUGAUCCUGAGACAGGUCCCGUCAUGCUCCAGAUUUCCAGAAUCUUUCAGACGCUGAACCGCACGUAAAACACUGCUGUUCAGCAGGCGGAACCACAACAAAAAGAAAAGUGUGUACAUUUAUUAGAAAAGAAAGUAUGUAAUAACUAUUGUUUUAAGUGGAAGAAACAGAAAAAAAUUAAAAUCAUGCAAUAUAGAUGAAAGUACCUAUUUAUAACGCUAAACAAUACUUGUAAAAAAUACAACCGAAACAGUAACUUGCUGACUUCAUUGUUUUUUGCUUUAUUAAGAUGUGUUUUUAAUAAUAUUAAGCACAUAGUUUGUUUUAUAUAAAUUAUUUUAUGAAUUGUAAGAUUUGACAUAAAAAGAAAAAGUUAUUUAACAAUGCUGUUGUCUGUGUCUUGCUCAAAAAUUAAUUAAAUGAUUUUACAUUAUUUGAAAUGCAACAUUUGUCAUAUUAUCUAUUGAGAGGUGAAUCGUGUGUAUGGGGUUGUUUUUAUUAUUGGAUCAGAGACUAAACACAUUACGCAUUAAUUUAUUUGGUCUUUCCCAGAAUAUAAAAAAUGCAUUUUGGAUGCCAAGGUCAUGGGUUCGAUCCCAGGGGAUUGCACAUAGUCAGAAACAAAUGUAUAGUACAAUGCAAUGUAAGUCACUUUGGAUAAAAGUGUCUGCCAAAUGCGUUAUUGUAAAUGUAAGGCUUUGGGGUUUUGUUAAAACUAUAGACAUUUCUGUAAAAUUAUAACAAGUGGUGGUGGAAUAAUUUAACAUUAUUUAACUAAAUUAGUUAACAUGAACUCGCAAUGAAUAGUACUUAAACUGCACUUAUAAAUCUGAAUGUUAAUUUCAACACUUCCUAAUACAUUAAUGUUAACAGUUACAACUUUUAAUUUUAAUAAAGCACAAUGACUGAACAAUGAAUACAUAUUUUUGUGUGAACUUAUACAAUAACAGAUUAAGAAAUGCUGUUAGGAAUAAACUGCUCAUUAAUCAUUUGUGUUAGCUAAUAAUGUGAAUGACGGUAUCUAAUGUUAAUGAAUGGAACCUGUAAGGUGUUUCCAGAGAUUUUUCUGUGAUAUUGUUGAGGUGAUGCAAUGCCAAUUUGCUGUCCUUUAUGGACAUACAAUACAUACUGAAUCGCAACCUGAUCAAUUUGUUCUUUUUAUCUCCUUUAUUCUUAUGAUCUGUAAACAUAAUGAUUCAAAUGGAUAUGUGUCUUAUUUAUUUUGUCAGAUUAGUGUAAUGAGGUAUACCAUGACAAGAAAAUUGUUAAAAUAAAGUACUCAAGAAUCUAUC